AUUUGGCACUAAAUAUUCCCAAACCCAGCGAGAAAAUUGAUAUUUUCAAGGAACGCAUAAGGAAUAUCCCUGAAGAGAGAUUGUCGUGGCUCUGGACAGCCACUCUUAACAAAAGCAUGUGCAUGUUUCUUCGUAUUCCUUCAAAUUGCACUUUAUCCUAUGGCAUUCAUCCCCACAGACCUGUGCACCUCAGCAUACACCUUUCCUAGACAUCAUAUACAAGCUAACUGAGCUCCCCCCCCCCCCAAGAAGUUGUGACAACCACCUCUGAUCAUGGCGCUGCCGACCAUGCUAACUUUCAAUGGCUCAUAUAUAGCCUAUGCACAUUCAGUUCUCGCAUAUUCGGCAUUUUUGAUAGCCUUAGCCGUUGGUUGCUGGCUCCAUUACUACAAGAUUGUCCAGAAUUCGUCUUACGGGUACCCCGACGAAUGGUUUCCUAGCGUAUCUGCCGCUAUUGGCGAUAGGUAUCCUGAAAGGUCGCUCUUCCAGGUGCUUAUAGCAUGCACUUCUGGACCACGGUUUAUGUUGAUUUUCCUUAAUUUCAUGAUCUCACUCGAAGCCUCCAAACCAGUCACCAGUUAUAUUCUUCUAGUGUCUGGGAUACUCAGGACAUUUACUUGCGGAGGCUGGGUCUACGUGACUUCAACCGAUGACCAUGACUGGCACGACAUUUCGAUGAUCGGCUACAUUUUCUUGACCAUUCCGUGGACGCUCACUGUUUCAAGUUUAAGUCCAAAAGAUUCGACCAUACGCACUGGAAGGGCCGUCACUGCGAUGGCCUUUUUUGGUACACUUGUGCCUUUGGUCUACUGGUUUAUACAACACAAGGUCCACGUAAGACCAGGCGCCUAUUCUAUUUACGCCUAUUUUGAAUGGCUGUUAAUUUUACUUGAUGUCGGUUUCGAUACUUGGUCAAUUCUUGAAUUCAAGAAUAUACAGAUUUCGCUCACUUCGACCGGCCUAAGGGUCCAACAAAGCCAAAUGCCCAAAGAGAAAGAGGUUUCAGUGAAGGAAAAAGCAUAUCCAUCAUUUUCGGAUGACUUCACGUUUCUUGAGUUCAUUUUGAACACAGUCAAUUCGUUCAUGUUUUGGACUGUGCUUACUUCACUUCUCGUGUGCGUUUGGUACUUUCCACUCUGGCACAUGGGCAUAUCUGGUUACGAGGCGGUGAUAACAGUGAUGUUCAUCGCCCCAUUAGUGACAUUGAUUCCUCCAUUUGGCUCACUUUUUAAGUCCUAUCCUCAGAUUGCCAAGACCUUGACCGUUAUUCUCGGCCUUGGCUCCUUCAAAUUUGAGAUUCCCGAGCAGAGGCUCUCUCUUAUAACAGCAGGUACCGGGUUUGGAGUCAUCGCAUUGGUUUCAGAUUUAGACACAUUUUCAGUUUCACCGAAAAAGUAUUCUUCGCUUUGGAUCUCGUUAUUAAUUGGCUUGAUGGGAACCUCAGUUGCCAAAUUCUCUUCUUUCUCGAACAACCCAGCUUGGCCGAUCAUGAAUAGCGAGAAUGGGGGAUACAAUGAACACUUUAUCCUUGUGGGAUUGAUCUCAGCUUUACUUUCACGUUUCUCCGAAGAGAAGAAGCAAGUAAUUGAGAGGAAAGGAGGUUCUAUUAUUUUAGCCUCCCUUGGACUUGGCGCAUAUCUCUUUUGCCUCCAGGCAUACUUGAGUGACUCCUCCACUCUUAUUUACUGGAAUUGGGAAGGGUAUCCAGUUCGUGGUCCCACUCCAUUAUCCGGGGCCUUGUUGUAUUUUGCAGCUUUCGCAGGGGGGAUAAUUGCAUCCAUAAGGAUGAACCCAAACGCCUUUCAGUCGCCUAUAUACACGCUUUCCUCUUUUGGAUUUGCAUACGUCUUAUAUGCGUACAACGGGUGGAUUGGUUUUACAGGGUCAUUAGGUCUUUGUUUUUACAUCGCAUCUAUCGGUCCGUUAAUUGGUCAAGCUACAAUGGGCUACAACACUGCCUUGCUUUUCUUUUGCUCCUUUUUUACUAGUAUUGUCAUAUCCUUGGCAAGUAUUUGGAUUGUGGCUUAUGCAUUUGUUCCAGGUGGGCCCUUGCUUCGCGAGAGAACAGACUUAGUACUCUCUACAUCUGUUGGCUUUCUUUCCUUUGGGGUACUCAAUUUCAGGCUUCGUGAGAAUGCGUCGAAUAUCACAAGGCUAGAAAUCAGAGGCUCCAAGAUCCUUGGCCAAGCUAUGAAAGUACUCAGUGUUUUGCUUGUCAUGUCUGUGGCAAUUUUGGUGAAGCGCUAUCCAAGUACGCCUUUCAUUCCAUAUAACUCCAGCUCCAAGUCGUUUACAACGGGAAUCUGGUGUGUGCACUUUGGUUUGGACAAUGAUAUGUGGUCAAGUGAAACCCGCAUGAGAGAUCUCCUUCGUGAAGCCGAGGUGGAUAUUGUUGGUUUGCUUGAGACUGACACAGAACGUUUGAUUGGAGGCAACAGAGACUUCACUCAAAAGAUCGCGCAUGAUCUAGGCAUGUAUGUUGACUAUGGCCCAGGACCAAACAAGCAUACAUGGGGCGCUGCCUUGUUAUCUAAAUUCCCGAUAAUUGAGUCAUCGCAUCAUCUUCUUCCAUCGCCAGUGGGGGAACUUGCCCCAGCCAUUCUCGCGACAUUAGACAUUUACGGGGAAUUGGUGGAUGUUGUUGUGUUCCACUCGGGUCAGGAGGAAGAUGUCGAAGAUCGUCGCCUACAAAGUUUAGGCGUGGAGGAGAUUAUGGCCAACUCCACACGACCCCUCAUCCUAUUGAGUUACUUGGUGACCGAGCCUCUUACCGGUAAUUAUAAUACUUACGUGAGUCACAAGUCAAGGGUUUAUGAUAUUGACAGCACCGAUUGGGAUCGCUGGUGUGAAUAUAUCUUAUUCCGAGAACUCAAAAAAGUCGCCUACGCAAGAAUAUCGCGCUCCACGAUUACCGACACUGAAUUGCAGAUCGCCAAGUUCAAAUUCUUGACCGACGAACAAAAGGCUUUGGGGGAGGAAUUCAUAUAUGGAAAUCAUUUCGUUGAUGAGGACCAAGUUGAUUCUGAACUAAGAAUGCCUGGUCUUUUCAAGGGCGAUGGUGUGCGCGGACACCGUUAUCAUGUUUUUGAUGCCCCGCGUUAUUUUGCCGAUACAACAGAGCAGAUUUAGCACUUACUGCAACUAAAAUUCACGAACGAUAUGAAUAUCACAACUGUAAGCAAUUAAGCCUAACUGAGAAGUCAUCGCUCGAAUAAAAAGAAAGUUUUAUAAUAAAGGGUCCUGAUUUUUUUUUUUUUCAUUUAAGC